AUGUCCGGACCACGCGUUGCAUGGAUAGGCCUCGGCAACAUCGGCCGAGGCAUGACCCGCAACAUCGCCCAUAAAGGCCCCCAAACCGGUCCUCUCCUCCUAUACAACCGCACCCUAGCCCGAGCAGAAGCCCAUGCUACAGCCCUAUCCCCAAACGCCAAAGCCGUCGACCUCCCAACAGCAAUCAAUCAAUCAGACCUGAUCUUCAUAUGCGUUGGCGACGACACAGCCCUCGACGCAGUAGUCACCAACAUCCUCUCCCAACCAACAGAUCUAAGCAGCAAGACCUUCAUCGACUGCUCAACCGUCCACCCAGACACAUCCCGCAAAACGGAAUCAAACUUCCAUGCGCGCGGCGCCGAGUUCGUAGCGUGUCCCGUCUUCGGUGCGCCGAACAUGGCAGACGCAGGACAAUUGAUUAUGGUACCCGCAGGCCGACGGAGCGGGAUUGAAAAGGCGAGGCCGUUUUUCGACGGCGUGGUCGCGAAGAAGACGCUUGAUCUUUCUGCUGGGACUGGUGGUGAUAUUGAUGUUGGGAGGGCUGGGAUGCUUAAGGUGUUAGGCAAUACGUUUAUUUUGAAUACUGUGGGUGUAUUGGCUGAGUCGAUGGUUGCGGCUGAGGCGUCUGGGUUGGGGGUUGAGCCGUUUAAGGAGUGGCUGGGGUUGUUUGCGCCUGGGCCUUUUUCGAGUUAUGCGGAGAGGAUGGAUAGUGGGGAUUAUUACCGACGGGAGGAGCCGUUGUUUGCGGUUGAUCUGGCGCGGAAGGAUCUUAGACAUGCUGCGGAUGUUGCUGGGGAGGGGGGAUUGAGGAUGAGGAAUGUGGAGGUUACGGAUUCGCUGUUGCAGGAUGUUAAGGCGGAACGGGGAGAGAAGGGGGAUUUGGCUGCUGUUUAUGGGGCUGUGAGGAAGGGUGCUGGAAUGAAAUUUGAAAACCAGUAG